AUGCCCAACCUUCCGAAGCCUCUUCAUGUGUACAGCUACCCCACACCCAAUGGUCUCUCCGUCCCAAUCUACCUCAAUGAGUUGAAAAGGGUGUAUCCGAAUCUCGAUUACGAUUUCACCAAUAUCGACAGUGAAGAGGGCGUCAAGCAAGUUCCUUGGUUUGUCAAUGUAAACCCCAACGCAUCCAUUCCGGCCCUCGUCGACGUCAAGCGCGGCAACUUCGCCGUCUUCGAGACAUCUGCGAUUCUCCUCUACAUUGCCCAACACUACGACCCGGACUAUCACUUCUGGUUCAGUUCCUCCGAGGAUCCUGACGAUUAUAGCCAAAUGUUGCAAUGGUUAUUCUGGGCUGUAAGCGAUUUGUUCGUUUUCUUGUGGUCUAGCCCGUCAUAUACCAGCCCUCCCUUUAAUACCCAUGCAUUCUUCACCGCACUCGAAAGGACAUUCCCCGAAUCAACAGCUCGCAGUCUCAUGCGUGCGACCCGUGCCCUCCUUGUGGAUCGUAUUGGAAGAGUCAGAAGGGAAGGAUUGACACAGAAGGACCUCGAUAAUCAAGCUUACUUGUUCCGUGCAGCAUUGUCUGAGCUGCGUGCAGAGAUCACUAUGAUGACGAAGAAUGAUUCUGCUGCUAUUCGGUCUGCGACUGCUGCAUUGAGGAGGGAGGUCGAUAGACUGGAUGUGAAGAUGAAGGAAGAUAUUGCAAACCUGAAGCAUGAGAUCCAAAUGGAACUCGACACGAGGAAGAACGAGGCCAAGACGGAGCAGAAGCAGAUGAGCAUUGCCAUUGAGGAACUUUUGAACAAGUCGGUUGUGACUGUCAGUGACCUCCGAACCGACGUGGAGGAAGCUAAAUGGGAGAUUAUGAGGAUAGCAGUCUUGACAUUGGCCGGUUUCGUUCUGGCCAUUAUCGUCGGAAUGGAGAUCAAACCCCGACCACCCCCCACUCCUAACCAGCCUCCAUCUCCACCUCCUCGAAUAGAAUCCAGGGAUGCGCCGGUGGAAGGCUUUGAGAAAUCAGAUUAUCUGACAUAG